UGAACGACGUAACAGUACAUCAUACACGUUUACAAAUUUUUUUUUUGUGCUUUCGCAGAUGCUCAUUUAGUAAACAGCGCUGUGAAUAACUAAUAAAAGACGAGUUCAAGAAAGGUUUUAAUUUUUUUUAAAUAUACUCAAGAAAAUAUUUAUGUUUACAAUAAAUUACCAUGUGAGGUAGUACCACAUUAUCUUAGGAAAUGUCUUCCUGUAAAUUCUAAUGUAUUGAGCUGCAUAAAUCAAGAAAACAAAAUAAUAAUACGAGGUAGGUAUUUUGAACGACCUUGAUAUUCUAAACCACGGUGUAUAUGUACGUCACACAGAACGUUUCCAGGAACCAUUGCAUCACUUUUAUAAUUUCCCUGUUUAAAGGCAUAAAUAUAUGCCACCAAGUUCAAGAAGGAUUUACCUUUCGUGGAAGUCAUAUUGUUCGGAAUCUUCCGAAAGAUCAUUCUUAUCAGAGGAAUGUUGUGUACCCGCGCAAGUGCUCGGCGGAGGAUGGCGGCUCUGUAAUCAGCAAGGAGCGGUGUUGGAUACGUCACGUCAGCGUGGCUCACGUCAUCCCAGUAUAAAGCUUGGAGCCGACGGCGGGGGAGGCCCCAGUCUCUCGACCGACGUCGCCAUGAUGAGGUCGCCGUGGCUGUCGCUCGCGCUGUUGCUUCUGGUCGGGGCCCGAGCGGCCCCGCAUGGACCGGCGCUCCGGGACUCCCCGGGUGGGGCGCAGCCCCGGGAGACGGGCGUCGUCGGCAACGUCAUGGCGCGGGUGGACCCCCUCACCGAGGGCAGGAUCAGGAACGUCAGGGUGGCCUCCGAGGUUCCCCGGCUCCUCGGCGUCGACCCGGACCCGGCGCGCCUCGACCUGCGGGUCUCCGUCUCCCUGGGCGCCGUCGUCGUGGACGGCGAGGUGGACGUACAGCCCUCGGCGACGUCGCCCGGAUUCGCCGGGAACGUCAGCGUCGUCUACGGCGACGUGUCCGCCUCGGGGACGGCCGGCGUCGCCGUCGUCCAAGACGUCCUCCAGGUGGAACGCCUGGAGCUCGCGUACUCCAAGCAGAACCGGUCCGCGCGCGUUUCCCCCGGCAGUUCGUCCAGCAAGGACCUCGGGGAGUUCGUCGAGGCCUUCUUCGAGGGCAGCGUGGAGCACAUGGUGGCCCGGGAGCUGGACAGGCGCGUCGCGAGGCAGCUGGACGAGGCGCUGAAGGGCGUCAGCUGGCGGGACGUCUUCGGCGAGAGCGCGGCGUUGCAGGCCCCGAACCCGGUCAGCAACGUCAACCUCAUGGCGGACACCCUCCUCGCGAUGAUGCUGCCGAAGAUACCGUCCUCGGUGAAGCUCGACGACGUCGACCGGCCGUUCAGGAGCAGCUUCCUCUUCGUGCCGGUCUCGGGCCGGCUCCGCGCCACCAACGGCACCUUGGAGGACCUGCGGACGCUGCGGCGGACCUCGGACGCGCUGCUGAACGUGACGGCGACCGGGGUGCGCCUGACGGGCGCCCUGGGGCUGACGGAGCUGCGCUUCGCCUACGACUACGACGUGAGCGUGCUGGGCGCCGGGCCGAGCGGCCGGCUCGAAGGCUCCGUCGGCAACAACUCCAUCGGCUUCGCGCUCGCCGUCACCUACGACGGCCGCGGCGGCUGCGCGGUCCUCGUCGAGGAGCUGAGCGUGCUGAGGCUCGACGACGUCAAGGUCAAGGUCACCGGCCUCGGCAUCCUCAACUGGCUGGCGUCGUCGAUAACCACGUCCGUGGUGAACGACUCCAAGGACAAGAUCGUCGCGCACAUCGAGGCGAGUCUCAACAGGAACCUGAAGAGCGCUGCUGACAAGGCCGGGUUCUGUGAUGUUUUCCUAGGACCAUGAGGCAUUCACUGGACUUUACGUGUGGGAAUUAUCGUUGUUAAACUUGAAAUGUAUCAUUUUAGCUCCUGUACUACAUAAAAUGAGCUUUGAGUGACCUUUCAAGGUGUCAAGUACACAAUACAGACAGUAAAAGGCAAAAAUAAAAAGACAUUUUUUAAAAUUGAUCAAAA